UAAAAUCCUUUAUAAAUAGCAAUACAUCAAGAUUCAUCUUUCUGACCAGUUCCUUAUUCAAGAUAUGGCCUUCCAAUUCAAGAACCAAAACCCUAAACAAACUCACCACAAUAUGUCAUCUAUAUACUCUAGCCCAUUCAACCAAAUGGAAAACCCUGCCUUAUUAUCAUUACUCCAACGUAGUACCACAAAUCAUCAUCAUCAUCAGAAUCAUCACAAUUAUAGUAGUAAAAAUAAUACAGAAACCAAGAAAAGUAGAAAAUCCUCAAGUAGUGGUGGUGGCAUUCUUCGCAUGUUUAAACUUCUUCCCAUGUUAACAACUGGUUGCAAAAUGGUAGCCUUAUUAGGUCGUCCAAGAAAGCCAAUGUUAACUGAUAAAGCAACCACAGGUACUUUAUUUGGUUACAAAAAAGGCAGAGUUAGUCUAGCUAUUCAAGAAGAUCCACACCGUCUUCCCAUUUUCGUGAUCGAGUUACCAAUGCUCACCGGAGUUUUUCACAAAGAAAUGGGAUCAGAUAUAGUAAGAUUGGCACUUGAGAGUGAAACAAAGACACCUAAGAAGAAAGUGUUGGAGGAGUUUGUUUGGGCUGUUUAUUGUAAUGGUAGGAAAUUUGGGUAUUCUAUAAGGAGGAAAAAUAUGACUGAUGAUGAAGUUCAUGUGAUGCAAUUAUUGAGAGGAGUUUCAAUGGGUGCAGGCGUUCUUCCUUGUCCACCUGAUCAAAAAGAGAGUGCUGCUGAUGGAGAAAUGACUUAUAUGAGAGUAAGAUUUGAUAGGGUUGUUGGAUCAAAAGAUUCAGAAGCUUUUUACAUGAUAAAUCCUGAUGGUGCAUCUGGUCAAGAAUUGAGUAUUUUCUUUGUUAGAGUUCAUUGAAAAUUUAAAGAAUAUUUUGUAUGAUAUAUCACCAAGGAGUUAGUGUAAUGGGAUAGUUCGGAUUCCUUCGUUAGGUCUCGAAUUUGAGCUCUGAUAAUGAAAAACAUAACUUCUUAAUAGGAAACACUUUAAGUUCCUUUAUGAGGAUUCUAAACGUAAAUGCAAAUUAGUCGAGUUAGUGGUUCGUACAAUAUAACCCUUGAAGGUUUAGGUAAUUAAGAGGGAAAGUCAAAUUCCUUUUCCCUCUAUUUUGUUUCUAGAGUUACUAGAAUAUCUAGAACACAAGGUGAUAUAAAUUGGUUUGACUUGUAUUUGCUUCGAAAAGAGAGGGAAAAAAUACUUUAUCUAGAAUGCUACUUCAGUUAAAUUUUUUUAUA